GAGUCAUGCAGUUGGUAGAGGUUAACUUGAAGUACCUUGAAAGAUAAUGCAGUAUAUGAACAUCAAUAGUACGAAUUAGUAACUCAUCCGUUCGACUUACCUUUGGACUUGGUUUAUGUUGUCUUUACGAGUUAUUAUCUCGUUAUUACGAUUAAUUAUGUCGUAUGUUCAGCUAGCUCAAACGCAAACUUGAAUCUAUUACGUAAGAUUUAAAGUAGUUGCAGAUCUCUCUCAAUUUCGCCCUUCUUAUCAUAAAAAGUGUUUCAAUUAACACUUUUUUAAAAUGUACAAAAAUGUUAAAAUUAAGUUUAUGUACUAAAUAUAUCACUUUUUUGUGUCCGAUACGGAUACAUUUGACAUUUUGCUAUAAUAAGUACACACUUAUUAUAGAAUAAGUUUGAUCUAUUGAGUAGGAAAGAUAUGUAAAUAUGAGGAUCUUUUUAAUGAAGAACUGUUUUUAACGUUUUUUUAGAAAUACUUUUAUGUAGGGGAAUUAUGCCAAGUUCCAGUUUCAAAAGAUGUUCUAUCCCAAGCUGCUGUAAAUUUGUAUAUAUAACGGCUCCAAAGAACAUCAACAUCACGAGAAUUGAUCUUGGUUCUUGCACCACAAGACAGGAUAAACAGCAUUAUACAGUUUAUUACAACAAUAACCAAUCAAAUCAGACUCUGUAUGAGGACCGUUGUUGUUACGGUGACAUCUAUGUGUUUUAUGAUUAUCUUCCCCAUGCAAGCCCAAGAACAGCUCUGCAAACAACUGGAACAGAAAUACGAGGCACAUCUUCAACGCCUUCAGGGACCCAUCCCGUCAUUGCGAUUUUUCCAUGCACCAAAACUCCUCCCCCCACCGGUCCUCCAGAAGUUUCCAUCCCCUCAGAUCCCAAGAACAGUUCGGUACUGGUCACCAUUCUUGUGUGUUUAGCAUUGCUAAUUAUCCUGGGGGCUGCUGCACUGCUGUAUAGACGUUACAGGAAAUUAAGGUUGGCAAAGGUGAAAAAGCUACCAGAUCAUUACGAAUACUCAGUUAUAGUAGAAUCUAGAAUCACCGAGACGGUUGAUGACAGCAUAUCGCCCACGACCACUAACUACUUUGUUUUAGAGGUGACAGAAGGACCACGUCCUCCAACAGCAAGUCUGAGUUCCAAUACAGCGCCCACUCCUUGUUUAUCCAGUGAAUAUGAAACUGUUCAACUGAAUAACGAACCCAUAAAGCCAAGCGAGGGUGUAUAUAACACAUUGCGUGAAAAUAACACACCACCAGAUGAUGUAACGGACAACUACAGUCGUUUUGAAGACUUUAAUCAAGAGUAUUGUCACUUACAAAGAUGAUCUAACAAUUGAAUUGAAAAUCAGUACAUGAAGCUUUGUAAAUAGUGUGAUAUAGAGGUGACAUAAGUGUCAUUAAAAUAUAUGACACAAUAUC